AUGGCCGAGUGGGAGAAGUUGAGCGUUCUUGGAGAAGGUUCAUAUGGCACGGUUUAUCUUGUUAGUGUGCGUCUUCUAGAAGAACACAAUUCAAAGUUCUUACUUUUAGCUUUGAAGACAAGCUCUUCUUAUUCAAUGCUAAGGGAGAAAAAAGUUUUGGAGUUAUUAUUGGGUUGUGAAGAAAUUGUUCAAUGUUAUUUUUACAAAUACAUUGUUGAGAGAGGUUGUUUAACUUACAACCUUUUCAUGGAGUACGCCCCUCAUGGUUCUCUAGGUGAUUUAACAAAGACAGAGUUAUUAUCCGACAAGGAAGUGAUAGUCUACACUCACAUGAUUCUCAAGGGACUUUCUUGCAUGCACGAAAAGGGAAUUGUUCAUUGUGAUCUUAAACCAGAUAACAUUCUCCUUUUUCCUUCAUCGGAUGGUCGUGCAAAGUAUAAACUAAAGAUUGCUGAUUUUGGAUUGUCUAAGACUAGAGAAGAGACAAAUACUGAUUUAGGAGAGAUCAAGUUCAGAGGGACACCCUACUAUAUGUCGCCAGAAUUAGUUAGAGGUUUUAAGGAAACACCUUUAGAUAUAUGGUCCCUCGGGUGCAUUGUUAUUGAGAUGAGCACUGGACUUAGAGAAUGGUGGAACUUCCAAACCAAAGACCAAUUAUUGUGGAAGCUUGCAUUUUUCGAAGAAGCACCGAAAAUACCAGAUAAACUUAGUUGCGAUUGCAAAGAUUUUUUGGAAAAGUGUUUGAUGAAAAAUCCUGAACAAAGAUGUGUUAGGAAUCCAAGCUCAGAUCUCAUUGGUGUUGUUCUCCCCAGUGAAACCCUCUCUGUAAAACCUAACAAGAUGGACAGCUAA